AUGGCACCGUCGACAAACGAGACCGCGACCCCGGCGCCCCCCGUACGCAUCCUGAUCAUUAACCCCAACACAUCCCAGCAGAUGACGGACGCGCUCGUCCCCGUAGUCGAAAACCUAGGCAUCCCCGCGGCGCAGUACACGUUCUUCACUUGCCCGACGACACCAGGAAGUAUCCCGAGCAUCAACUCGCCCGCCGACGCGGCAAAGUCAGCGGAGAUCUGUCUCCCGCACUUGGUGCCGCUGCUGCCGCACCACGACUGCUUCCUGGUCGCCUGCUACAGCCAGCACCCGCUCGUGAGGGAACUGAAGAGGGAGUGUGCGGCACUCACGGCUGCGGCGACCCCCCACGGCUCCGGCGCCAGGAAGUACGUGACGGGGAUAUUCGAGGCCAGCGUGCUGGCGAGCCUGGCCCUGCUUGGUGAGGCUGAGGGUGAUCUAGAGACUACCACCACCACGACGGAAUCCUUCAGGGCAGGCUCCGGCGCCUUCGGGAUCGUCUCGACCGGCAAAGUCUGGGAGCACGCCCUGCAGACGGCUGUCGAGGAGUUCCUCGGGUGUCCCGCAACCACUGCAACAACUGCAGGAACAACCGGGGAGUCGAAGUCGCGCUUCGUAGGCUGCGAAACCACAGGAUUGAACGCGAGCGAACUGCACGAUCUGCCCCCUGCCGAGGUGCGCAGGAAGAUGAUGGACGCGACCAAGCGGCUCCUCCGUCGCGGUAACACCAACACCGACACUACCGCUACAACAACAGACUCAGGUUCAGCAGGGGCAGCAGCAGCAGCAGCAGAAGGCUCCGGCUCGAAACCGACGACAAAAACGAUCGUCUCGCGCGUGAAGGCAAUCUGUCUAGGCUGCGCGGGCAUGGUGGGCCUAGACUCGGCGGUGCGGACCGCAUGCAUCGAAGCCCUGGGCGAGGAGAGAGCCAGGGACGUCUACAUUGUCGACGGCGUCAAGGCUGGCGUGGGAACUUUGUAUGCACUUGCGCGUGCUGGGUUCUAG